GAACAGUGCAGUAGUCAUACACCUGACACCAUACUACUUUCUUGCAUUUAAAUAAUUCAAAAUUCCUUCAUUGUAACUACCGUGUAUGUAACCCUUGAUUUGGAUUGGUCCUCUCCACCGCGCCACCCGUCUUGCCCGGGGUUCCUCCUAAGACUGGCGCCCACUGUCAUAGCGGCCGGUUAAAAACUUUCCCCUAACGUUACCUUUCCGCGUGAAAAAUUCACCCCCUAAAUCUCAAUCCUCCGCUUCUUAUCCUAAUCCUAUACAGGUUGGGAAUAAUAACGCAAUCCCGCCCUCGCGGCCCCGCUGAUACAGCUAUAAAAGGUCGAUUAGGUUCCCCUCGCCUCCAAAGAACAGAAGAGAGGAAAGAAAAGAAGAUGCAAGCCUAAUGGAUCCGAAUACUGAGUUUGACGACGGGGUUGCACGAAAGAACUACGAGCUAAGCGGCAAGAUUAUGCUCAUCACCCUCGUCGUGCUGUUAACCGCCACCCUCCUCGUCCUCUUCCUCCACCUCUACCUCCGGUGGCGUGUCCUCCGCCGCAUCGCCUCCGCCCGCCGCCGCCUCGUCUUCGCCGGCGAGGCCCACGACGCCCUGCGCCCCGCCGAUCGCGGGUUGGCUCCUGACAUCCUGGAGUCCCUUCCCGUCCUCGUCUUCUCUGCCGCCGCCGCCGCCGCCGGAGGCGAAGGAGAUGGGGCGGAGGUGGUGGAGUGCGUGGUGUGCCUGAACGAGUUCGAGGAGGGGGAGAAGGUGCGCUCCCUCCCGCUGUGUGGUCACCGAUUUCAUACAGAGUGCAUUGACAUGUGGUUCCACUCCCACGCCACCUGCCCCCUCUGCCGCGCCGCCGUGAAGGCGGCGUCGCCGCGGGUCCAUACCACCGUCCCGGUGCGAGUACUGCCGCCGAAUCCUCGGGAGGCGGCGGCGGAGGAACGAGCUUGUUCGCCCUCCUGUCUGUGCUCCAGGUGCCGAGCGGAGGGGAUCGGGUCUUCGUCGACUACGUUGGGCGGUCCGGAGCUGAGGAUCGAGGUACCGGUGAGGUGGGGCGAGGGGUUCAGGGGAUCGGAAGAAGAGAUAGAGUCAGGAUUAGGGUUGGGAAUGCCGGGGGUGCAGGGUACGAAGUCGCCAGGAAGCCGCAUGCAGCUGCUUACGAGGAUUCUAAGCAGGGAUCUGAGGCUCCAUCGCGGCGGGAAUUCGGGCGGGGAACCGGAUCUGGAGCGCGAGGAAAGGGCGGAGCGGUCUCCUCCGCCGCCAUUCCCACCACCACCUCCGCCGACGACGGCGGCACUCUAGUAUGAUAAGGGGUUGGAGGCGUCGCGGAAUCGUAGCCGUUGGCGGGGCACGCGUGGCGGCUCGGGAAUGACAUAGCGACGUUAAGAUUCUUUUGUCUAUUGCCUUCAUGGGCUUUUUUUUUUCACAAACGACCUAGUUCAAAAAUAGAGGGAGUGGGUCUGGAAAUGAUUCGUAAAGUUUUGAGAGGUUUUUUGUUUUUGUUUUUGAUUUUUUUUUUGUAAUUAUGAUAUAUUCAUUGCUAGUUUAUAUA